AUGCAGCCCUGGUGACAACCGCAGUCUGCCGACGCCGCCAUGGGGAACAAGCUGAGCUGCUCGUGUGCGCCACUCAUCCGCAAGGCGUACCGCUACGAGGACUCUCCGUGGCAGACGUCGCGCCGCAGGGAUGGUCACCUGCUCAGGCUGUGGGCCGAAGUAUUCCACGUGAGCGCCAGCGGCGCCGGCACCGUCAAGUGGCAACAGGUGAGCGAGGACCUGGUGCCUGUCAACAUCACGUGCAUCCAGGACUCGCCCGAGUGCGUCUUCCACAUCACGGCCUACAACAGCCAGGUCGACAAGAUCCUCGACGUCCGGCUCGUGCAGCCAGGAACUCGGAUCGGACAAGCGUCAGAAUGCUUCGUAUAUUGGAAGGAUCCAAUGACCAACGAUACCUGGGGUCUCAACUUCACAUCUCCUAUCGACGCUAAACAAUUCAGAGAAUGCUGCUCGCCGUCGUUCAAGUUCUCACGCAAGGCGUCGUCGUCGUACUCGCUGAAACUGGAGCCGCCGAGCAAGCAGAAGCUGAAGGCGAAGCGCAAGCCGCUGUCGACGCCGGCCAGCCCAUCGCGCUCUCGCGAGCCGCAGUGCACCUGCAUGACGGCCGAGCAGUACGCGCGCCUGCGCGCCCAGGACCCGCGCUACAGAGGGUCCGCCACGCUGCCGCGGGCGCAAACUCGCGGCACAGACACGGACGCGGCGCCGGGCUCCCGCGGGGACAAGGUAACGGCGGCCACCUCCAGCACCUCCCUGUACGACAACGUGAGUGGCGGGGGCGGCGCCGGGGCUGGCGUCGGCGGUGGCAAGGCGUCUUCGUCGACGCUACCGGGCGGUGGCGGCGGCGCGGCGGGCGGCGGCGGCCGGCAGACGCGGGACCGCGGCACGCAGCAGCAGGACGCCGCCACCAACGGCUCCCUCAAGGCCUCCUCCGCGGGGGCGGCGCCGGCGGCGGCGUCUGCCGCGACCGGGACGGCAUCCGCGUCGGUGGGAACGCAGCAGAACCACGUGGGCUCGCAGGCAUCGGCCGGGCCGCCGGAGGAGGCGUCCAAGAGCGAGGGCACGCAGGCCGGCGGCACGCUGGGUGGCAGCCGGCUGGGCGGCCUGGGGGCGGCGGGGGCGGCGCCGGGCGCGGGAGGCGGCCGCCGCGACGCGCACACCCACGCGCACCACCACGUGCUCGCCGCCACCAAGUCGGUCGACUACCCGGAUACGGACAUGGUGCGCGAGGCGGAGCUGCGCGCCGCCCACCACCACAACCUCAACAACAACAACAAUAACAAUAACAACAAUAAUAAUAACAAUAACAACAACAACAACAACCGGCGAUCCAAGAGCAAGAGCACCGACGACAUGAGCGUAGGCGGCGUCUCGCUGGACUCGAACACGCUGAAGCGCAUGCUGAAGCCGAUGCCGUCGCAGCAGGAGAGCCCGGUGACCUCGCCGGAGAUGACGCGCCGGCGCUACAACUACUACAACCACGGCCACCACCACCACCAUCACCACCACCACGGCGGCGCCAUCAACAACAACGGCCGGCACGUGCUGUCGGAGCCCGAGUCGAACCACCACCGGUCGGGCGGCCGCUUCUCCGCGUCGCGCUCCUCGCACGAGAUCGGGCGCGGCUACGGCGGCGGCGGGCGCGGCCUCUACCUGGAGCUGGACGCGCGCGGGGGCGGCGUGGGCAGCUGCGGCGACCUGUCGCCCCCCUCGGACAACGUGCUGUUCGACAACCAGUGCUACGCGACGACGCCCAGCUCGAGCAACGGCAACUCGGACCUGGACCAGCCCGCGUCGACGGCGCCCGGCACCGGCCAGGCCACGCCCACGCCCGGCUCGCCCACGUCGCGCCUGCUGCUCGAGUACGAGAUGCACCUGCGCAACACGCUGGCCAAGGGCAUGGACGCCGAGAGCUACAGCCUGCACACGUUCGAGGCGCUGCUCACGCAGAGCAUGGAGAACCUGGAAUCCAUUUUGUCAAGUAAGCGAUCCCAGGAGGAACUACCGCAGCAGGAGCCACCGCUGGUGCAACCGCCUCCACUGCAGCAGCUGCAGCAGCAGCUACAGCAGCAACAACAGCAGCAACACCAACAACAGCAACCCCAACUGCUGCAGCAGCAGCCGCAACAACCGCAACCGCAGCAGCAGCAGCAACAGCAACAGCAAAAGUCAGUGGAACAACAGCACAGGGAGCAGCACCUGCAAAGGCUGCACCUACAGUUGCAGCAGCUGCUGCUGCAGUACCAACAGCAACAGCAACAACAGCAGCAGCAACAACAGCAACAGCAGAAGCAGCAGCAGCUGCAGCAAGCGCCUAAAAAGCCGCAGACUGGUCGGCCGCAGCAGAAACCAGUGCGGCAGUUGCUGCAGCAACCGAACGGGCGCCAAACCACCCCGCGGGUGCAAGAUGGCCGCCAGUCGGCCACCUGGCGGCCGGAGACUCAACAAGCUAAAGGCAAACCGCCUUCCGCCGCGGGCGCCGCGCAGCGGCAGGAGACGGAACUGCAACGCUUACUGCAGCACCUCAAGCUGGAAAUGUCUGUGGAAGAGCUACACGCCAAACUGCGUGAGAUUCUGGAGAAACGAGAGUUCGCUGAAAGUCUUCCUGGAUCCACGCAGCGCAGCCCGUAUCCAUCUAGAAGGCGUCCGGGCAGCAGCGCCAGCAUGAACAAGUCGUCGACCCUGCCGCUGCCGCACCGCGCCGUGGAGCGGCCGGCCUCCAGCGCAAGCAGGGACCGGGACCGGGACCGGGACAGGGAUAGGGACAGAGACCGCGAGGGCUACUACAGCGACCGCAACGAGCUCAUCCGGGAGCGCGAGCGCGAGAGGGAGCGCGAGAGGGAGCGCGGCUACCUCAGCGACCACAACUCCAGGUACCGGGACAGAGACCGCGAGGGCUACUACAGCGACCGCAACGAGCUGCUGCGAGAGCGGGAGAGGGAGCGAGAGAGGGAGCGCGACCGAGACGCCGGCUACCUCAGCGACCACAACUCCAGGAACAUCUUCGACCGGCAGGACAGCCUGCGCUCCGACUACAUGAGCGACCGCGAGAGCCGCUACGGCAUCGUGCAGCAAGCCUCCAUCGAGAGCACGGACUCGCGCCUCUGCUACCUCACCUCCUCUGAGUGGUCGCUGCGCUGGAGCAGGCAGCUGCACGAGUGCAGUGAAAGCAGAAUGGCACUCGUGGCCGCCUGCGUGUGACAGCGGAGAGCGCACACAGCUCUGCCCACACAUGUUACUCGCAGCGAAAUAUUGUCAC